AUAUUAAACUGAACAGUUCGGGCGAAACCAACGGGGAUGUUGUUAGGAACUCAACAAAGAGGACGAGGAGAGAUAUCUGCGCUAUGCACGGCUGUGAGUGGGAGGGGUUGAAUGUGACAGAACUAAAUGGCAGCAGUAUGACAUUUUUGAUCUCGUAGAAAAUUUCUCUUGGCAUGCCGGAAUAUUUCACCCAAACGGAGAGUGUAUUUGCAAUCGGCACAUCUUUGAGCUUCCGGGCAGCCCGUUAACCGCGAGUGACUGAUGCUCCGUGCCGGCAGGAUGGAGGAGUUUGUAACGGAGGAGGAUGAGCCAUGGUACGACCAGAGAGACCUGGAGCAAGAUCUGCACUUGGCCGCUGAGCUGGGUAAAACCCUCCUGGAGCGCAAUAAGGAGCUGGAGGACUCGCUGCAGCAGAUGUACAUCAACAAUGAAGAGCAGGUGCAGGAGAUCGAGUACUUAACCAAGCAGAUGGAGAUGUUACGUGAGAUGAACGAGCAGCACGCUAAAGUGUACGAGCAGCUGGACGUGACGGCGCGCGAACUGGAGAUUACCAAUGAGAAACUGGUGCUGGAGAGCAAAGGGUCUCAACAGAAGAUUGAAAGAUUGACAAGCACUAUGGAGAUGCUGCAGGGUCAGGUGGAUACGCUCACUGCUCGUGUGGAGGAACUGCGUACACUGGAAGAGCUCAGGGUUCGCAGAGAGAAGAAGGAGAGGAGAACGACUGUGCACUCUUUCCCCUGCCUCAAAGAACUCUGCACCGCUCCCAGGUAUGAAGAUGGUUUCAUGGUGUCUUACCCAGGCAGCGGUGACCUAGAGGAAUGUCAGCCAGUGGACGAAGAGAAUGAACACUUGCGUGUGAUGGUGACGUCUUUGCGUGCAGCUGUGGCGGCUGAACGCGGUCGGCGUGAGGCCGCUGAGCGGGAAUGUGCUGCGGUGCUACAGGAGUUUGAGCGCUUGGAACAGCGCCUAAUGGGGGCCGAGAAUUGCCAGCGGCGUGUGUAUGAGCUGGAGGCGGAGCUCCUGGAGAUGCAGCUGCUACGCAAGUCUCGCGCAUGCCUGCUGAGUGGUGAAGAAGGUCUUGAGCAAACACUGCUCAACAACGCUCCAGAGACAGACACGCCGGAUGACGCCAUUAUGACGGGAAUGCAGAACGGGGAUGCAACUGAUCCGAGCGGUCCGGCGCCUGUCCGGAAGAGCUGUAGCGAUACUGCUCUGAACGCCAUUUCUGCUGUUGACGCCUCAGGUAGACGUAAAGGCAGCUACGCAAUUCAUGCCAACGGCGUACGGAAGAGGGGUAUGUCCAUCCUACGGGAGGUGGACGAGCAGUACCACGCCCUUCUGGAGAAGUAUGAAGAGCUGCUAGGGAAGUGUAGACGCCAUGAGGAGAGUCUACGCCAUGCUGAGGUGCAAACUUCACGACCUGUAUCUAGGGACCCAUCCAUGAAGGAAUGCCGGGCCAUGGAGCCCCAGCAGCCACCCACUCCACCCCAGACACCCUCGACUCCAGAGGCCCUGGAGGGCAUCAGCCGACAGGUGGAGGCUGUGGACAAGAGGCUGAGCCAGAACACUCCUGAGUACAAGGCCCUCUUCAAGGAGAUCUUUUCUCGCUUGCAGAGGACCAAGAGCAACAUAAACACCACCAAAGGAAGGAAAAGUGGAAAAUAGCCCAUUUGGGUCUCGAAGUUCACCCAAAAAUGAAAGAUCUUUCAUUAUUUACUACCCUUAUGUUGUUCCAAACCUGCAUGCUGUUAAUUUUUUUUCUAGGGAACACAAACGUUUCAUUUUUUUGAAGAAAUGUUACUCUGCUCUUGCCAAUCAACGAUAGGUCAUAGUGACCAAGGACUGUCAUGCUCCAACAAGGACCAAAAAAAUCCCAUAAAAGUAAUCCAGAUGACUUGUGCACUACGUUGUAAUUCUACUAAAAUGAUACGAUUGAUUUGUUUGGGAAUAUGCCUCAUAUGGACUACAUUUAAGGUGCUUUUUUUUGUUGUUGUAGUGGAGCUUGACAUACAUGUUCAUGUUAAAUGCUGUUGUGUGGAAAUGAACUGCAAUAAGAAUAUUCAUGAAUUUCUCAGUUUAUUUAAAUGAAAAAAUUAUAGCAUAUGGGUUUGGAAUGAUCCAAGAGUGAGUAAAUAACAGAAUUUUCAUUUUGGUAUAACUAUAACUUAAACAUACCACCUGAUUAUUUCCCCCCGCUCAUUUAUGGAAUGUCUUAAUUUUUUGAAGAUACACUCUUUAAGGUGACAUAAUACUCUGUAAAGUAGCAACUUCCUGUUAAUCGAUUGGAAUAGCUGUUAUUUAGUUCAGUUCAAAUGUUUCCCCAAAUGGUGUGUUGCCACAUAUCAAGAGAGAAAUGUUGACUUAGUCUGUUAAGAGGAAGUUGCCUAGUGUCUAAUGUGCUUCUCCAGGGUUGAACUUUUAGGAAAAAACAUAUACUUACUAUAGGUUUUACAGUAACCAUAUUCACCCCAAGGAUACCUGUGAUGCUUAUCAUUGCUCAUUUACAUUCUCAUGUUCUAAUCAUGUGUAUUACAGUAUCAUGAAUAAUCAAAGCAUUGUGUAAACACUUUUGUUCAAUAUUAAAUGACACUUUGCUUUAAGUGUGUUUGAUACAUUUAUUACCUUUUAAUGGAUGAGUUUGUUGUGAUGAGAGUUCAGGAUGGUUCUGCUGUAGGGUCAUGUCCAGAUGGUAACCCUCAUUCUGCAAAAAGUCUUGUGAUUCUCGUGACAUUCGUACUGUUUAUUUGGCGUUCCAUAGCAACCCUAGUUUCAGCAUCAAACUGCAAGUCCAUUUAACACUUUUAAGAGCCCUUCAAAAUCAAUGUCACUGGAAAAAUCUGUACUAUAAUUUCAUGAAAUAAUUGCAAUCAGGUUAAAAGUUUCAGAAAAUGUUUUUCUUUGGAAAACGCAAGAAGGAUAUAGCUGCAGGCUAAGCUCCAAAAUGAGUCUGGAGCUCCAAACCGCCACCAAAGAUGCACUGAUGAGCCAAAACAUUAUGACCACCUGCCUAAUAUGCUGUUGGUCCUCCACGUGCCACCAAAACUGUGCCGACCCGUCGAAGCAUGGACUCUACAAGACCCCUGAAGGUGUCCUGUGAUAUCUGGCACCAAGACAAUAACAGCAGAUUGUUCAAGUCCUGUAAGUUGCAAGGUGGAGCCACCGUGGAUCGGACUUGUUGGUCCAGCACAUCCCACAGAUGCUCAAUCGGAUUGAGAUCUGGGGAAUUUGGAGAUCAGGGCAAGACCUUGAACUCUUCAUCAUGUUCCUCAAACCAUUCUUAAACAAUAUGUGCAGUAUGGCAGAGCGCAUUAUCCUGCUGAAAGAGGCCACUGCCAUCAAGUAAUACCAUUGCCAUGAAGGGGUGUACCUGGUCUGCAACAAUGUUUAGGUAGGUGGCACGUGUCAAACUGAUGUCCACAUGAAUGGCCGGACCCAGUGUUUCUCAGCAGAACAUUGCCCAGAGCAUCACACUACCUCCACCGGUUUGUCAUCCUCCCACAGUGCAUCCUGGUGCCAUCACUUCCCCAGGUAAACGAUGUACACAUCCAUCCACAUGAUGUAAAAGAAAACGGGACUCAUCGGACCAGGUAAACUUCUUCCACUGCUCCAAGGUCCAGUUCCGACACUCGCGUGCCCAUUGUAGGCGCUUUCGAUGGUGGAUAAGGGUCCUCAUGGGCGCACUGACUAGUCUGUGGCUACGCAGCCCUAUAUGCAGCAGGGUGUGAUGCACUGUGUGUUGUGACUUGUGACACAUUCCUCCUGUAACCAUCAUUAAAAUUUUCUGUGACGUGCAACAGAAGACCUUCUGGCAGUUCGGACUAGCACUGCCCUUGCGCAUCAAUGAGCCUUAGGCGCCCAACACCCUGUUGCCGGUUUAUGGUUUGUCCUUCCUUGGACCCCUGUCAGUACUCACCACUGCUGACUGGGAGCACCACAUGGGCCUUUCCAUUUCAGAAAUGCUCGGCCAUAACAAUUUGGCCCUUGUCAAAUUCGCUCAGGUCUUUACUUCUGCCCAUUUCUCCUGCAUUCAACACAUUGACUACGAGAACUGAUUGUUCGCUCACCAUCUAAUCUACCCAAAUCUUGACAUGUGGCCUUGUUAGGAGAUAAUCAACAUUCACUUGUGAGUGGCCAUUAUGUUUUGGCUCAUCUGUGAAUAGGGAGCCCUUUACCUAACCCUAUACCUAACCUUAACCGUGAGUGGAACUGAUGCCCCCUUUUGGAGUAACCCUGCACUUCUCUUAUUGCUGCCUCCUUGGGAUGAAUCGCUUCUGUUGUACUUCUCAUCUGUAAGUCGCUUUGGUAAAAGGGUCUGCUAAAUGAAUACAUGUAAACCCCACCCUCUUUUAAAGUUUUCCGCCCCCACCGUGGAUUUCCCCUCCAAGGCACUUUUGUUUGAGCAUUUCAAUAUUCUCAAGCAUAACAAAUGUACAAAAUUUUUUGUAUCCUGUGCAGUCAGUCAUGGGCAAACACGCUGGUCUGUUCUUGUGGUAUUAACUAUUUUAUAUAACCCUGCCCCUAAGUGACAUAUAAAACCACUAUUUGUUUUGUUUUGUUUGUAUUUGUCAGUCAGCACUUGGCCAACGUGCGGUCUGGUUGAACAUGCUUAAGAACCUGUGUUCUUGCAUUUCUGUGGUGGUACCAAACCUGGAAGUGUUAUUCGGGUAAGUUGCUAUAAAUAUAUUGACUUUACCAGGCAUGUGGUUGACAAAAAAGCAGGAAAAUGUAACCAACAAAGUCUGCAACACCGAAAAAAUAUUCUUAGCCCGAACUGACAGUUAAAUGCUCACUGACAAUAACACUCUAGCACCACCUAGCUUUCUGAAAAAGUAUAACACACACAUGAGAGUUUCACAGCUGAAUACAUUUCCAAGGGCCUAACUUAACGGAUCUUUAACCUAAAGUUUUUUUUUUUGUUUUUUUUUUUAUAAAUAUGAAGUAAACAUAAGAAAAUACAUCAACAUUUCUCUAAAUGUGCAAACUAUGGAUAUUGUUUAUUGAAGCACUGACAUGAAAUUCAGCUCGCAUGAUUGAACAGGUAUGUGAUUAUUACAUUCUGAAACAAAUAUGUCGCGUUUUGAUGUGUACUCCUGAUGCAAGUUAAGAAAUUACUUUUGGUGUGGCAUUGCAAUAUCAAAGCUGGACACCAGCAGUAUGAGCGUUACAAUGAUAAUGUAAGGAUUAAAUAAGAACUGUAAAUGAUAAAUGGUGGUAGGAUACAUUUUUAUUUGUAUAUACAGUACUGUGCAAAAGUCUUAGGCACAUAAGAUGUUUCACAAAAACAUUUGUCUUAAAACGUUUAUUUAUAUCUUCAGCUUUAGUGUGUCAAUAGGAAAUAUACAUUUUAGACUCCCAAACAUUACAUUUGCAAAUAGAAAAGAUUAGAAUAGAAGAACAGGGAGCCCUGCAACAGAUGUCAUGGUCCCUACAAAGCCCCCCACUGAACA